ACCUGAUGUUGGCCCCGCCCCCUCCUGACUACAAGCCGUACUUGGUGAUGGACGAACUGGAGAAGCAAAAAGCUGCCAAGAAGCCAGUUGGCAAGGGUCCUGCGGAGAAGCUCCCAUUGUCCCAGGAGAGGAGCGCCGACAGCAGGACAGGAGUGGCAUCCCGUGCCGGACCGACGGUGAGGAAAGAUUCGGCAGACAGCAGGAGCGUGAGAACAGGUGAAUACGUCAUCAUGGUGAAAGAGGUGACGGACCCGCCCUUUUUGGGCCACACCCUGCCCCCUGCCUUCGCCCUGCUCAGAGUGGUCCCCGCCAGGCUGAAGAGGAGGGCGAGCCGUGCUGAGAUCCCGGGGGUAAAGAGCAGGUCGGCGCUGGGAGAGCUGUUGGAGUGA